GUGAAGCGAGAUCUGUCGGAAAUCGGGUGUCUACAUAGAUGGGAGGCUGCAGCCACGGACUGAGAGAGACGUUAAAAUACUAAGCUUAAUUUUCGGAAGAAUAUCUUAGAACACGUGGUUCCUCUUCCAAUAUUUGAAUUCUCGAGCAAUAAAAGAAAGAACUCAUUCAAAAUACAGUCAGAAAGGCAACAGAUAGCCCGUGAAAAGUGCAAAGUUCGCCCACUUAUCGAUAAACGUGACCACAGUUUGUGCACGGCCGACCUGCACAUUAUCAGCCUAACCGGAUGCGUCCAACAAGAAAUGACGUGCAUUUUUCGCGAUGCGAUUUAUCCUGCGCUUUACCUUUUCCAGCGACUUGAUAAAUGCUCGAUUGGAUAAGACGAGUUACGCACGAGCACCGGCUCGGCCUGUGCAUCAUCGUGCAGUAUUUUAUCGCAAGACAGUCACAGAGCAGUACAACUCAGUGUUGUUCCGGCAUAACGACAUCAACGUUGCACUCUCGCGCUUUCCCAAAAUGUUUCGUUUUAAUGCUAUCCCGCAAAGGUUUGUUCGAUGGAACAAGGUGAAUAAUCAAGCUGUUAGAAGUGUUACAGUGAGAGCUGCUUCAUCGCUGUCGAACCCACAGCGCCCUAACCGAUCGUUUCUGGUGAACAUGUUUGGCGGGAAACUCGAAACAGCAGAGCUGUUCCCCUAUCCGGAACCACUUAACGCGGAGCAGAAAGAGUUUGCGGCAGCUCUAGUCGAUCCUGUGCACAAGUUUUUCACUGUAAGUAUGAUCCCGAUGAGACACUUUUCUCUUACUGCUUUAAUAUUAUGGCUUGUUGUUCCCCUUUUUGUGUUGCAGGAAGUGAACGAUGCCGUCCGAAACGAUGAUACGAGCAACGUUGAUCGUCGAACGAUCGACGCGCUGUGGGAUCUUGGACUUUUGGCCGUGUACGUACCGCCGGAGCUCGGCGGUUUGGGCCUGUGCAAUGUGCAGUCCGUGCUGAUGGCCGAAAUAAGUGGUAGCUACGAUCUGGCGCUCAGCUUACUCAUCGGCGCCCACAAGAGCAUCGGAACGAAGGGCAUCCUGCUGUACGGCAGUGAGCGGCAGAAGCAAAAGUAUCUGCCCAUGCUAAGCAGCGGGCGUGUGUUUGGUGCAUUCGCGCUCACCGAACCGGGGACCGGGUCGGAUGCGGCAUCGAUAAAAAUGAAAGCAGUGUUAAGCCCGUGCGGCACCUACUACACCCUGAACGGUUCGAAGCUGUGGAUAUCGGGUGGUGGGUUGGCCGACAUCUUUACCACCUUCGCGCAGGUGGAGUCGGUCGAUGCAGCGACCGGUGAGAAGCGUUACAAAAUGACAGCGUUUAUUGUGGAGCGAAGUUUCGGUGGCGUAAGCACCGGGCCACCCGAGGACAAGAUGGGCUUGAAGUGUUCCGUCACGAAUGAACUGUUUCUGGACGAUGUUAAAGUGCCGGUGGAGAAUGUUUUGGGUGAGGUUGGAAGUGGGUUUAAAAUUGCGGUGAACAUUCUGAACUCUGGCCGGUACGGACUGGGAGCGAUGCUGUCCGGGACGAUGAAGACGUGCGUUGAGAAGGCAGCGGCUCAUGUGAGUGAUCGGGUGCAGUUCGGGCGGAAGUUGAUUGAGUUUGAAAAUGUGCAGGAAAAGCUGGCGAUGAUGACGACUCAGCAGUAUGUGGCGCAGAGCCUAACGUACAUGGUGUCUGGGAAUAUGGAUAAGGGCUCGGUGGACUUUCAUCUGGAGGCGGCCGUGAGCAAAGUGUUCUGUACGGAGGCGGCUUGGAACGUGUGUGACGAAGCGAUACAGCUACUCGGGGGGAAUGGGUUCAUGAAGUCCAGUGGAUUGGAGCGGUUUUUGAGAGAUAUAAGGGUGUUUCGAAUUUUCGAAGGGGCGAACGAUGUAUUGAGGAUGUUUAUUGCCUUGACGGGUAUGCAAAAGGCGGGGAAAGAUCUUCGUGGGCUGCAGGAUGCGCUAAAGAAUCCAUUUUCGAACAUGGGAGUGAUCUUCACUGAAGGUACAAAGCGAGCUAGACGCAGUUCUGGAGUUGGUGGAACGGAUUUGCGUCCUUUUGUUGCAAGCGAGCUUCAAAAUGCGGCCAAGCAGUGUGCUGAGAGUAUUGACGCCUUUAGUGCCACAGUUGAAUCUCUCCUUCGAACACAUGGCAAAGGAAUAGCGGAACGACAGUUCCAGCUCGCCCGUGUUGCAGAUUGUGCAAUCUUUAUCUACUCGAUGGCCACCGUACUGUCCAGGGCUAGCCGUGCGGUAAAGUUGAAUCUUCCCUCCGCGGAGCAGGAACUGCUGAUGGCACAGAUCUGGUGCAAGGAGGCAAGUGAUCGUGUCCAGCAAAACAUUCACCGUAUCCAAUCGAAGUCUUUCAAGGAGAACUAUCAACGGAUGGCAACGGUAGCCAGCUAUAUUUCCAACCAACGAGGACCGACCUACACGAACCCAUUGGAAAUAGACUAAUAAUAUGUGAAAGAUGUUUAAAUUUGGA